UGUUGUUGAGUCACUGAAGCGACAUCAGGGUAUGUUCAGAGACGUGAUAAAAAACAUCCCAGCCGGGAAGGGAACAUUCAGAAGUCUGAAAGCGUGGGGGCCAUGCACAUGAUAAAGCUUUCGCGUUACUUCGAAAAAGACGCUCUCCAAUGGAAAGCAACGUGACUGGAGAUUUCAUGUUGUCGCUGGGCAUGGAUUUAAAUAGAGUGCUGGUUGUAGUUUUCAGCAUGGUUGUCUCUGAACUGUCUCACGUUCACACUAGACCAAUUGACUUUGUGUGUGACAGCGAGGCCAGGAGAGUGAUGAACAAGGUGAAGGAUCUACAAGAAGAAAAGGUAAUCUGCAGUGGCGUAGACGCUCUCCCCUCUUCUAUUCAAUUACCAUGCAUCAGCAUUCACAAAGCAACCUGGGAGAGAAAAUCAGUACAGGAGCGCAGGGCCGAGAUCCUGCUGUCUUUGGGGACUCUAGCGCAGGAUGUUCGGUCUGCCAGGACACUCAGCCAACCUGGCUGUGGACUCACUCUGCUGAAGCGCUUGGAACACAGUAUCAACAACUACCUGUAUGUAGUCAGACUGCUCCACGUGGAGCAGGGGGAGCAGGAAGGGCCAGCGGUAGAGAGGUGUCUGGGUCAGCCCUCGAAGGAUUUGGGUUUGGUGCUGAAGUACUUUGGGCUUCUGCUCACAGGCAAGCUAGAGUUGCUCAUUGCAGAGAUGGCAAAAUGGUGCUAGACAGAAAAAAAAGUUCUCAUCUUGGCCUUUGUUCAACCCUGUAUAAUGGGACCAGGCAGACCCAAUCAAUUUUAACGAUGGCGCUUCUUCAAGACAAUGGAGGGCAAUGCACUUUGCCAGAGACCAGACUUACACAGAG